AUGGUGAGUGAGAAAAAGCUGCUAGAUGAUCCUCUUGAACUAAGUCUAACUGAAGAUGAAUUGACGGAGCAAGAAGGACAAGAGGUCAUGGGGUAUGUGAAGUGGCUUGAUUCCUAUGGGCCUUUGAACAGAAGAUAUUUUGAGGAAUUGGGAGCGGUUCCAAAAGAGCUAAAGCCAUCUACUGAAAAACCCCCAGAACUUGAAUUGAAGGUGCUUCCUAGUCACUUGAGACUUUUGAGGGUACUUCGAGGUCAUAACAAGGCCAUCGCUUGGACACUAGGUGAUGUUAAAGGAAUCAGUCCUUCAACAGUGAUGCAUCGAAUUCUCAUGGAAGACAAUGCCAAACCAACUAUUGAUGCUCAACGAAGACUCAAUCCACCCAUGAAAGAAGUAGUCAGAAAAGAAGUAGUUAAGUGGUUGGAUGCUGGAGUUGCUUAUCCUAUUUCAGAUAGUAAGUGGAUAGCUAUAGCACCUGAAGAUCAGGAGAAGACUACUUUCACAUGUCCCUAUGUGUUUGGUUCUUCCUUUGAUCAUUGUUUGGAAAACCUGGAAAAAGUACUAACAAGGUGCGAGAAGUCUAACUUGGUGUUAAACUGGGAGAAGUGCCACUUUAUGGUAACAGAAGGAAUUGUUCUUGGGCACAAAAUUUCAAAGGCAGGAAUUGAGGUGGAUAAGGCAAAGGUCUCAACAAUAGAAAAUUUGCCACCUCCAGUUUCUAUAAAAGGAGUGAGGAGUUUCCUAGGACAUGCUGGCUUCUACCGCACAUUUAUCAAGGACUUCUCUAAAAUCUCAAAACCUUUAUCGAGCUUACUUGUAAAUGGAGUUCCAUUUGAGUUCGGAGAAGAUUGUUUAAAAGCUUUCAAGAUUUUAAAGGAGAAAUCGACCUGA